AUGGAGCGGCAUCUCCAGGAGCAAACUGCCGCAGAGUCGACGGACUCCGGAGGGGCAGGCAGGGCAGGCGGGCUGCCGCAGGUCGCCGGCGCCCAGGAGGCACGCAGCAACGACCGAAUGACCCUGCUGCUCAGGCUGAGAGCACAGACAAAACAACAACUCUUAGAAUAUAAGUCAAUGGUUGAUGCAUAUGAAGAAAAAACUCCAGAACAAAUCAUUCAAGAAAACCAAAUUGAAGCUAAAGUUGAAGACCUAGAAAAUGAAAUUGAAGAGGUAAAAAUUGCCCUUGAAAUGAAAAAUCUUGCGUUAGCCAGGAUGCAACUGUCAACUGCACUUAAAAAAAACCUGGAAAAAAAUGACACCAUGAAUAGUGUGCUCAUGGAUAACAUGAAACACAUAUUAAAGCUGAAUAAGUUAAUAAUGAAAUCACAGCAGGAAUCUUGGGAAUUAGAGGAAAAACUGCUUGAUGUUAGAAAGAAGAGAUUACAAUUAAAACAAGCUUCAGAAAGUAAGCUUUUAGAAAUACAAACAGAAAAGAACAAGCAGAAAGAAGAUCUGGACAAUGUGGAAAAUUCAGACAAGAUAAAGGCCAUGCAAAAAAACCUACAGAAAGAAAUACAAAUUACUACAGUUAUUCAACAUGUGUUCCAGAACCUCAUUUUAGGAAGUAAAGCUAACUGGGCAGAGGAUUCUGCCCUCAAGGAAACUGUUCUACAACUUGAGAAGAAUCUCACCAUGAUGUAA